AUGAACGGGGACCUGAGCCUCUCUCAGGCCCUGGGUGGGCUUCGUAUAGCCAACCCUGAUGAUGUCGCCGCACAGCCAUCACCUCUCCCCUCGGAUACGAGACCUCCUCCUACGACCGAGCCAGUGGCCUUGACGACGACGACGACGACGACAGCGGCAACAAGCACGGUUACCACGGAUCCCAAUCAAAGGGACUCCGCAGCAAGGCCAGCGCAACAUGAGGAGCCCGGCUUCCUCGCCGUAUCUUCUGAACCUCCUUCACUUCCCGAUUUCUCCAGGUCAUCAACCUAUGAUCUGUCACCGAUGAUUGAAUCCACGACAACAGUCUCAACAGCCGCAUCUACAGCUCCGUCGUACCCUUCUCGCGAACCCAGUCAAAGAGACACCCAGUGGUCUUAUAACUCCUCAAGACAAGCUCCCAUAUCAUCAAGCAAUCCGCCGGUAAGGAGAAGUUCACGGGCAAUGGGCGGUGGUCACACUCAAAGCCAAACGGGCGCCCACGCUCCCUAUGCGGGAGAUGCACCGAUCCCCUCGACUAGUGAAGAGUGGCAGGAACGGGGUGCUGCCGUGGGAGUACGCCGAGAAACGGACGCAUCUGGCCGCACUGUCGUCAGACAAGUAAAGAAAGGUGUUCGCGAUUUUUCCUUCGGCCGUAUUCUGGGCGAGGGAUCCUAUAGUUCAGUCUACCUAGCCACGGAUAGGCAGACACUUAAGGAAUACGCUAUCAAAGUACUUGAGAAACGACACAUUAUCAAGGAGAAAAAGAUCAAGUAUGUCAAUAUCGAAAAGGAUACACUCAAUCGUCUGACGGAGCACCCCGGCAUUGUUCGACUUUAUUAUACGUUCCAAGACCAGAACUCUCUAUACUAUGUUUUGGAUCUUUGCAGCGGGGGCGAGCUUCUCGGUGUUUUGAAAAAGACGGGCACCUUUGAUGUCGAGUGCACACGGUUCUAUAGCGCCCAGAUCCUUGAUGCUAUAAGCUACAUGCACUCCCGCGGUGUCAUUCAUCGAGAUCUCAAGCCAGAGAACGUGCUUCUGGACGACCAGAUGAAUAUUAAAAUUACCGAUUUCGGGACCGCAAAGCUGCUUCAGGAUCCCCGGGAAGUUCGAAGGCAGAUGGAGAGGGGUAUUUUAGAUCCCAGCAGGGGAGAUGAGGAUGAUGAUGGACGCGCAGCGUCUUUCGUCGGAACAGCCGAGUAUGUGAGCCCGGAACUUCUCACUCAUAAGAAUGCCUGCAAGGCUAGUGACUUGUGGGCUUUUGGGUGCAUAGUAUAUCAACUCCUUGUUGGAAGGCCACCUUUCAAAGCGGGGAGUGAGUACUUGACGUUUCAGAAGAUUGUCCAUCUCGAGUAUGAGUUCCCUCAGGGAUUUCCAUUAGCGGCUCGUGAUCUGGUCGAGCGAUUACUGGUGUUGGACCCUUCCAGAAGAUUGACCAUUGAGCAUAUAAAAAAUCACGAAUUCUUCGACGGCCAAGCUUUCGGCAAAACAUUAUGGCGAAUGAAAGCUCCCAGGCUCCGCCCAUACGUUCCGAAUGUACCAGAGCCCACCGUGAUUCAGUUGAACGGAGGUCAUUCUGCGGCCCCUCCACCCAUCUCGCAGUCACGAAGCGCUCCCUCAAAUCAGGCAAACCUGGCUAACGGAGCUGGCCGUCCUGCACGCUUGAUUACAGAAUUACCUCCCCCCACCCAGCUUGAUAUUGAGUGGUCUCCAGUCCUAACAAAGAACAACGAACGUAUUUUGCGUUUGGGUGACUUACUAGUUGUCUCGACUCCAUUACCAAAUGGCUCGAACGGCAAGGGCUCCGAAGACGGGCACAAAAAGCUUUCUCGAUUUUUCGGAGGCAGCACAACUAAGAAGCGGCAACGAUUGGUCAUGAUCACCUCCAGUGGUAGAGUGUUACUGGCACCUGCCGGAGGCGAGGAGAAGCGUGCGAAACAAGAGCUAUCAUUAUUGGCCUCGGAUUGUACGUGGAGGACCCAAACAGACGCCAAGGGGCAGCUUGUCUGGUGCGUUGAUACGGGUGGCUAUCACUACACCUUUGAGGACACGAAAAAUUCUUCUCAAAUAGAUACAUCUCGCCCCUCGGCUGAAGAAUGGGUUGAAUGCCUAGAGCGAGCAAAAGAUCUGGCUGUUGCUCAAAGUAUGAAUUCUUAUGGCGAGGGUGGCUUGGCAGAUCUAUCUUCUACUAUGUCGAGUCCCUCAAGUACAAUCGGCGGAGGCCGAGCCAACAAUUCACAUGAAAUGAUUGGGGCGACGGAUCGAUCUUCACGCAGCCAUAUGUCUAAGGGCCAAGGGAACAUGGAGGAAGUGAGCCCGGCACCCAAAAGAAACCGUUUCAGCAAGAGGCAGUCCCGCAACGGACUCGAUUCUGCCUUCUGA